AUGCAUAUCCAAGUAAAGUCUGACCCUCACCCCGAGGUCAACGAAUCAACCCCCUCCACCAAGUCAGUCGAGCAUGGCACUGCCGACACUGAACUUGAACGCGCCCUCCAUGGCCGCCAUCUCCAAUUCAUCGCCAUCGGUGCCGCAGUCGGUACAGGCCUCUUCAUCGGCACGGGCAACGCCCUUGCAACAGCCGGCCCCGUCUCCCUUCUCAUCGCCUUCAUCUUCGUCGGAAGUCUUCUCUUCGCAGUGAUGACAGCCCUCGGCGAAAUGGCAGCAUAUAUCCCCGUCGCAGGCGCCUUCACAACGUACGCCUCGCGCUUUCUCGAUCCAACAUUUGGCUUUGCGAUGGGUUGGAUUUAUUGGUUCAGCUGGACUAUCACAUUUGCCCUUGAGUUGACAGCUGCGGGUUUGAUCAUUCAGUACUGGGAGAAGGGGCUGAAUAUCGGUAUUUGGAUCGCUGUGUUUUGGGUCCUCUUUACUGCUGCCAAUUUCAUGCCUGUUCGCUGGUUUGGAGAGUUCGAGAUGUGGUUUUCCAGUAUCAAGGUCAUCACUAUCAUUGGCUUCAUUAUUUUUUCGAUCUGUGUUAAUGCCGGCGUCGGCGAUCAGGGAUAUCUCGGAUUCAAAUACUGGAAGGAUCCCGGGGCAUUCAAUGAACAUCUUGUUGAGGGAGAUGUUGGACGUUUCGUUGGCUUUUGGUCGGUUUUGAUCACCGCCGGCUUCAGUUAUCAAGGCUCGGAAUUGGUGGCCAUUGGAGCUGGCGAAACAAAGGAUCCACGAAAGACGAUUCCUUCUGCAAUGCGCUGGACCUUUUGGGGCGUCUUCUCAAUCUUUAUCGCGACCGUGUUCUUCCUCGGUCUCAAUAUCCCGUCGACAAACAAAGACCUUCUUAGCGAAUCGCAAGACGCUUCAGCAUCUCCUCUGGUCAUUGUCGCUCAAUUGGCUGGUGUUCCGAUACUGCCUUCGAUCCUCAAUGCGGUUCUGUUGACUGCUGUAUUGACUGCUGCAAACUCGGAUGUGUACUCCAGCAGUCGCAUUCUUAUUUCUCUGGCUGAUUCGGGCCAUGCACCAGCAUUUUUGAAAAAGACGAACCGUUUCGGCACGCCUUAUAAUGCCGUCGGAGUUUGCGCCGCUGUCGGCUUUUUGUCUUUCCUCAAUCUAUCCAACGACGGAACUGUUGUGUUCAAUUGGUUCUUGAGCAUUACCUCUGUUGCGGGAUUUAUCGCAUGGGCUAUCAUUUCGCUCUGUCAUAUUCGGUUCAUGAAGGCUUUGUCUCUUCAAGGGAUUUCCCGAUCGGAAUUACCCUACGUUGCGCCCUUGCAGCCAUAUUUGUCUUGGUAUGGUCUAAUUACGGCAGCACCAAUGAGACGAUCCUGUUUUCAGCCGAAGAUCCCGGUGCUGAUUACCUCAGCGCUAUCGAUAGUACUAAUAUCUGUUUCUAAACAAUUUCAAGAUCCCAGGGACACGAGGCCUUUUGAGAUGUUUCGGGACGCGUCAAUACAUUCGUUGAUACCAACGACGCUGCUCCUUCUGUGUCUUGAUGUUGGUUCUGUUUUAGCAGCUUCGGAAGGCUCGGGGCUUGAUCGGUGUCCAGAUUACGUCGCUAAUCAUGCACCAUUAGUAUGGCUUCACCCAGAGGAUCGUUUCAUGCCCAGUGAUCUCUCGGCUCACAUCACCAACACAAUACCGAAACUCAAUGGACAGCCAAUCAACGGGCCUUCAUCCAUUGACCUCUCAAACCUUGGGGAGCUCAACAGCUACGGCGGUGAAGAUGUUGCUCUCACAGCCAAGGAAGAUCCUCUCACUUACCCUCAAUGGAUUCUGGGUGAAGCACCGGAUGCUUCUGGUCGAAUAGCCAACUCAGUUCCCUGCGCUGUGAUCUUGGUGGAGAAGAGCGAGGUCGACAUCGAUGCAUUCUACUUUUACUUUUACUCAUUUAACGAGGGACCAAAUAUCACUCAGGUCAUGGAACCGAUCAAUCAUUUAGUCGGAGACGAGAACUUAUCGUCGGGGAUGCACUUUGGCAACCAUGUUGGAGACUGGGAGCACAACAUGGUCAGGUUUCAUAAUGGAACUCCUGUUGGUGUUUACUACAGCCAGCAUAUUGACGGCGUUGGUUUUAAAUGGGAUGACUCCACGCUCAACAUCACCGAUUCAAGGCCUAUCGUGUAUAGUGCCCUCGGCUCGCAUGCCAACUAUCCACAAAGAGGCCACCAAAUUCACAAUGCGGCAAUGUUCGACUACUGCGAUGAGGGCAAGUUAUGGAACCCAGCUCAGUCAGCCUACUACUAUCGUUUCAACCCCGAUUCCUUUACCAUCACUCCAAUUAUUUCACCCUUUGAACCGUCUGCAACUGAGCCCGCUCAGAACUUCACGUCAUGGUUCGACUUCACCGGCCACUGGGGCGACAUCAGCUAUCCCGAUUCUGAUCCUCGGCAAGAAACCGUACCUCACUUCGGUCUUAAACGCUUCAACUCUGGACCCAACGGUCCUCGCUUCAAGCAUUUAAUUCGCAAGGGCCUUGUACGAGAUCAUGCGCGAAAAAUGGGUUGGAAAGAGUGGGCAGUUGGUGUUUUCAUGUAUUGGUAUCCUUGUUGUAUAAGAGGCUGGAGAUUAUGGAGGUCUUUGGGGAUCAUGGCUGUGAUGGCGUCGGCGUUUGUGCUUGCAGUUGUGUACGGAAUCAGAAGGCUGCAGACUUGGAGACAGAGACAGGUGUACACAAAACUGAAGAACGAUGAUAUCCCGAUGGAAGAGUUGAGGAGAGAGGAGGAGUUUUUGAUAGGGUCUUCUGAUGAUGAGGAUGACCAUCGACGGUAG